AUGAGGGCGCUCCAGUUGUGCGUUCUGGCGCUGUGCGCCCUGGUUGCCGGUGCACAGGCGCCGGCCAAGGUGGAUCCCACAACGGGCCUUCCGCCUGGCGUCGUACCGCUUCCCAGCGACCCGCCAGCGGCGGCGCCGACGCCAGCCGCAGCCGCCCCCGCAGGUUUGCCUUCCGGCUACCCGGGGUACCCCAACGCUGCGAGCCUAGGCUUCCCCAUCCCAUACCCUAGCUACCCGCAGCCCGCCGCCACCGCCGGCUACCCGCAGCCCGCAGCGGCGCCCGGCUACCCGCAGGCCGCGCCAGGCGCGCUGCCGACCGCGGCCUACCCCGCCGCGGCGCCCGGCUUCCCGGCUGGCCCUGGCGCGCUGCCCGCGCCCGCGGCGGCGGCGCCGCAGUAUGCGGUGCCCGGCGCACUGCCGACGGGCCCGGCAGCGGCGGCUGCGAAGCCCCCGGCGCCGCAGCCCCCAAAGAAGGAAGAGAAGAAGGAUGCAAAGAAGGAGGAGGCAGCGGCCCCCAAGGCAGCGGCCCCAAAGGCGGCGCCCGCAGGCGAGCUGGCGGCCCGGGCUUGCGAGAAGGGCGGGCGGGGCUCAGGGGCUGUCAAGGCACCCCUGGCCGGCGCCCUGCCGACCGCGCCGCUGGCGGCUGGCCCGCUGGCCGCCGCCCCGGCGCCAGUGCCCGCGGCAGCCGCCCCAGGACUUCUCCCGGCCAGCCCUGCGGGGCCCCCCGCUCCUGGCCUGAUGCUCCCUGGCGCCGCACCCCGCGCCCCUGGCGCUCCCCCCGGCGUCCCUGGAGCGCUGCCUUUUGACGGAACCAUGGGCGGCCCAGGCGGGCCCCUGCCCAACCCCAACGCUGCGGCCAACAUUAACGGCCCCGCGAGUGGCGGCGCCGGCACCGGCCUCGGCAGCUUGGCAGGAGACCCCAACGCAAGCACUGGGCUCGGCAGCGCCGGCGCGACGGGCCUGGGCGGCGCUGGUGCAGGAACCGGCCUCGGCGGCCUCAGCGGCGCGGGAUUGGGCGCUACUGGCGCUGGCGGCCUUGGCGGCAGUCCUGGAACGCUUGGGGCCGGUGCCGGCACGCUCGGCGGCGGUGCGGGCACUCUCGGCGGCGGUGCGGGCACUCUCGGCGCCGCUCCUGGUGCCCCCGGGACAGGUUCAGGCACUCUGCUGCGGAGACGCCAGGAUGCUGCUGCCAGCGCCGCCGGCGCGGCCACGCGCAGCGGGGUCACGCUGGUGUUGGGUGCUGCUGCCAUGGCGCUGCUUCUGUGA